AUGCCAACGGAUCCGGAUGAUGAAAAUGGCUUCGUGCCACAACAAUUAAGUGAGAAUGUGGAAGAAGGAAGGAGAAAUAGCUUUGAAACGCUAUUCUCGGACAGUUUGAAGGUGAGAAAGAGGGAUGAUGAAGUGAAGGUGAAAUCGGUGGUUGAUCACAUCAGAAACUUGUCUCGGGCAUCUGAAAAGCAAGCUGAAGGAAUGGUUUUGCCUAUUAGAAAGUUGCUUGAGAGCAAGGAAACAGUGAUUGUGGCUCGUGAAGCUGAAAUUCAUAAUUUUGCUGAAGUAGUUAUGAAAUUGUCGAAUACAAUUGAUAAUUUGCAGGCUUCUGAGACGACUUCUGGAGCAUCCACAUCGCGUACUGCAAUGUUGGAAGAGAUGCUAACAGUUUUGAUGUCGAAACAGAUUCGAUCAGUGAGUGAAUUGGAAGAUUAUUUCGUUGAAAAUAAUAACUUGGAAUAUGAAUUGACAGAGACAAAGAAUUUCUUGCAGGCUAACAUGGACAAUUGUCAGAAGCUUCAACAAGAGAUCACACAAAUGAGGGAGUAUAACAGGGCCCAGGAGAUUCAACUGAAGAAACUUCUCGCUGAAAAGAAAACUUUGUUAGCUCGCCUAGAAGUGCAUGGAAAUGAAGAAUCUAAUAAUGGUGAGAACGUUUUGCAACGAUCGGUUUUUAACGAAACACCUAUUCUUCAGGCUCAUAAAUCGAGUGGAAAUUUCAAUGAAAUGGUGUCAAUGCAAAGAGCGAGGACAAUUCUGCCAAAUAGAAGGGUAGAACCGAGUUCUGGAGGAGUUGAGGCACAAAGUGGAAGAGCUACGAGUCGAAAGUUCUGCAGACAGCUCGAAGAGCUGGAGCAGGUGAGCAUUUUCAAAAUGUUGUUCAAAUUGAAACUCCGCGCGCUUAUCAUCGGGAAACUGAAGAGAUUAUUGAUGAUACGGCUUCGUAUGGUGAUUUGAGGAAUGAGAGUAGAAUGAAUAGUCCACAUCGUCCGGGUUUGAGUAAUAGAAAUAUGAGUCAGCCGGUGUCAGGCAUUAGUUUGUUGAGUCAGACCUUUCUAGAACAGAAUUUGCCAGAGCCACCGAAGUUCACUUCGGCCGAGGGUACUGUAACAGUGAAAUUGUUUGAGAAAUCUUUCUUCAUGAAGUAUGGAAGAUUGAGUGAUGAGCAGCAAGUGAACUUGCUUGAAACCAAGUAUCUCGGUGGAAAAGCAGAAAAAGUUUACAAAGGGCUCAUGGAAUCUGAAAAGACAUCAGUUAAGCAAAUUUUACAUGCGCUUUCGGAUAGAUUGAGAAUUUCAUUUGAGGAUGAAACUGCAAAGGCAAAGAAGAAGUGGGCGACAAUAAAAAUCCUGGAAAAUCAAUCAAUAGAAGACUUUUGUUUGAAAUUGGAUGAGAUUGCUCGCAUUGCUUAUAAAAGAGUGGACAAUCCAGCAGAGUUGUCAUCGAUUAAAUGCACAAAGCUGAUGGAUGCGGUUUCUAGAAACACGAAUCUUCUGUGUUUGAUUGAUACAAUGCUAAUGGGUACACCUGAAGCUGAACAAUAUGAAGCUUGUAGAAAGUUAGCAAUGAGAUUUGAGAGGACUGAGAAUGAGAAUGCUGAGAAGGUGAAGGUUCAGGAGAAGAAAAACCAAUCUGAAAAGAAUGGAAAUAAAAUCUCGAACGCUUCAGAAGUUCAGAAAAAUUCAAAUUUUCAUAAUGCUCCAAAGCAGCAAGAAAAUUUUCGGAAGGCUGAAGACCAAAACUGGUUCAAUAAAAAGUCUCUUCAGACUUCGUCUGAUCAGGUGAAUGUGCCAGAAAAUGGAAUUUGUGCAGAAUGUAAGCAGGUUGGAGGUCAUGAGCCAAGUUGUUCUCUUGCUCCGAAAACAUGGAAAAGAGAAAGACCACCUCCACAGUGUUUUACAUGCGGAGAAAUGGGUCACAUUUCAACGUAUUGUCCAAAGAGAAUCGAUAGGGUUCAACAGCAACAAACUCAGCCAAAUUCUUCAGUAAAUGAUGUUGAAAGAGAUUUUGUUCACACUUUAGAUGUAUUUCCGGAAUGUUGUGAUGCAGUAUCACUUAAUUGUUUCCAGGAAGGAAAAAUUGGAAAAGCAUCAGUCAAAGUUUUGAUUGAUAGCGGAGCCACUAUUUCACUGAUCGGGAGAAAUAAUUGGGAUGAAAUUCUGCAAGUUAAUGAAUCUUCUUGGGUUGAGAAAUUGAAAUUCCCAGAAAUGAAAAAUGAAAAAGUUUAUGCAGCAAAUGUAAAUUCUAUGGCUUUAGCUUUUGCAGUGACAGUAGAUUUUCAGAUGGGAAGUUGUUUAAGGAGUAUUACUUUCCAUGUAGCAGAUGUUUGGAGAGAGACAGUUAUUCUGGGACGUAAUGAAUAUGGAAAAAUGGGAAUUCAGCUCUGUAUUGGUGAUGAGCCAGUUGCCACUGAUGUGUCAAACAUUAGUUGUCAGAAAUCGUUUCUUUCAUCUAGUGACAUCAAACGCGUUGACGGUAACAGGUUUGAGAAAGAUCCGUUAGAAGAAGAAAAAUGUUCUGCAGAGCCCGGACUUAAAAAGAAGGGAGAUGGUGCCUGUGGCAUCUAUGAAGUUCAUGAUCCUGGUGAAAGAGACCACAGUUUAACAGCGCAGAAAAAUGGAAUUUGUUUUUCAAAUUCUAAUGACAGUUUUUCCAGAGACAACAAUAGAUGCACUUUGGACAAACACAUGUACAAACACUCGUCAGAUCCGCCAACUGAGGAUACUCCUGUUGUGGAAGUGAUUGAAAUUUCUAACAAGCCAGUAAGAAGAAACAUGUUUGAUCAAUGGCAACUCAUUUAUGAAGACCAAGUAAGAGCACAACAGAGAUAUGAGCAAAAUGCAGAGAAACGUGCAAAGAUUGUAGAAGCUGGUAGACUAAAGAAGAAAAAAAGAGACAUGAUAAGAAGAGAACGAGCAGCUCGAGCCAUUCUCAAAGCCAAUGAGACUGUCGCUUCUGAUCAUACAAAACAAAUGGAAAAGGAUCAGCAGCCGAGUUGUCAUACAGACAACAGAAGCAGGAUGAUGGUCUUUCCAUCUCGUCAAGCAGUUGAAGUUGCUCAGGAUUGUUCGGUGUCACCGACCAGGAUUUUGGAUCGUGUGAGGUUCCCGCCCAGGAAUGCAGCUGAGCUACAGUAA